UCUCUCUCUAUAUAUAUAUAUAUAUAUAAAUAUAUAGGACCUGGACUGCACAAGGUAUCCCAUCAACAAGUUUUUAGUUUCCCCACCAAGAAAAGAAAAAUGUUUGGAACAAUUUCAGAAGAGAUGGAAGUGCAAGUUUCAGCCACAGAAGCAUGGCAACUCUACGGAACUCUUCGGCUAGCAAGGCUCUCUGAAGAAGAGCUCUCUGAUGUCAUUCACAAAAUCGACAUCGUAGAAGGUGAUGGAGGUGCUGGCACAAUCCUCAAAAUAACAUUUCCACCAGGGACGCCGGUUUUUUCUUAUUACAAGGAGAAGUUUACAAAGAUUGAUGAUGAGAAUCGAGUGAAAGAAGCGGAGGUUAUUGAAGGAGCAUAUCUUGAAAUAGGGUUUACUCUGUACAGGGUUCGCUUUGAAAUCAUAGAAAAAAGUGAGAAUUCGUGCAUAACCAAGUCCACAAUUGAGUAUGAAAUCAAGGAAGAAGCUGCUGCUAAUGCUUCACUCGUUAGCAUCCAGCCACUGGUGAACCUUAUGGAAGCCUCGGCCAAUUAUCUCCUCAAAAACAGAAAGUAAACUAUGAUAUAUAUAUAUAUAUAUAUAUAUAUAUAUAUAUAUAUAUAUAUAUAUAUGCCUCUGCUUUCAAAUUUGUCAACCCUUUAUCGAUCAAUGAUAUAAAAUAAAUUUCCAACUGUAGUUUGUUUGUUGUUGAGAAAGGAUGAAAUUAAGCCGAUCUUGUUCAAAUUUCAAUUGUAGCUUGUUUCAUUGUUUGGGAUUAGCUAUAUAUAUAUAGAGUUAUACACACAAA